CGUCUUACACUGGAAAUGACGACAACAUCGUCUUACACUGGAAAUGACGAAGAUCAUCUCCAAGCGGUGCUGCUUACAACUCCAACUACUCCCUCGGAACGAAUGAAGGCAAUUGUUGAAGCUGCGGAAGGAUUCGUAUACCUUGUGAGCUCUGUUGGGGUCACCGGUGCCCGAUCAUCAGUAAGUUCACGCGUUGCAUCUCUCUUACAAGAAAUCAAAGAGGCAUCAACCAAACCUGUUGCUGUAGGAUUUGGCAUAUCGGAACCCGACCAUGUGAAGCAGAUAGCGAGUUGGGGAGCAGACGGCGUGAUUGUUGGAAGUGCACUGGUGAGGAUUUUAGGAGAGGCAAAAUCCCCUGAAGAAGGCUUGAAGAAGCUAGAAUCCUUCACUAAGUCUCUCAAAGCUGCACUCUGAGCACAUCCAUGGAGAAGUUGUAAUAUCUUAUAGCAUCUGUUUUCUGUUAUUCGAAACGGCAGCAAGUUGUCGCUUGACUUUUGGCAUAAUGUAGAAGGUCACAACUUGAGGUGUUUCCUUCUGAUAUCUGGUGACUGAAUAUUGUGAGGAAGAAAGAAAAGAAAAAAAAAAUGUGUUAUGCUUCUUGGUUGUUUUA